AUGUCGAAGCCAGGGCAGUUUCGAGCCGACCUUCCCGAGCUUGCUCGGCAUCUCCUCACCAACGGCCCUCACAAGAGCCAACCCACUUCUCGGCGCGUCCGUGUCAUACUCAACCACACAUACAUCGUCGACACCACCAAGGCGAUCCACGUCUGGGAGCAUGUUGCCUACCCUCAGUACUACGUACCCACAUCGGAGCUCCGAAACUGCAGCUGGGAGGACAAGCAAGACAUCCCGUCGCCAAAGGAUACUUCGGCCGUGGCGGCACACGUCAUCCGAGUCACCAUCCCCGGCAAGAACGGCAGCGAGAGCGUCGCGACCGACCGCGCCUUGAGGUUUUCCGACGACGAGGAGCUCGGCGGCGUGCUGAGGGGCAUGGUACGAUUGGAGUUUGGCAGCAUGGAUGGAUGGCUGGAAGAGGAAACACCCAUCUACGUCCACCCCAAAGACCCCUUCAAGCGCAUCGAAGUCCUCCCGUCCUCGCGGCCGGUCGAGGUCAGGGUGGCCGGGAAGACCGUCGCCAAGACCGACUUCGCCGUCCACUUGUUGGAGACGGGCCUGCCCACGAGAUACUACCUUCCGUUGGCAUCGGUCGACCAGGCGGCACUCCGCAAGAGCGAGCUCGUCACGCAAUGCCCGUACAAGGGCGACGCCGAAUACUACCAUGUCGUAGUCGACGGCGAGGAGCACAGGGACUUGAUCUGGUACUACAGACUCCCGACCCACGAGAGCGCGGGCAUAGCCGGUCUGUUGUGCUUUUACAACGAGAAGGUCGACAUCCUCUUGGAUGGCGAGCUCUUGGAGAGGCCUACAACCUUCUUUUCAUAG